GUUGUGAUAUUGUUCGUGUCCACGGAGGACGAGGAGAACAAGAAUGACCAUGGUCAAGCAGGUUUUCGUGGGAUUAUGCUUGAUUCUGUUCGGACCAAUCAUGACGUCAGUCAUUGCCUGGGUGUCUUAUGGUGGAACACGGUUUAUUUGGACGCCCUUUCCUGCGCGCUAUUCAAAAGAAUCACGUUAUGGAACUGCCGGAUUUCUGUCAAUUGAACACUUAAAGGAGGGAAGCUGCACUGUGAGAGACAGUAACGGAACUGAACACGCCAUAAUUCUUCAGGGGGAGAAAAACGUAACACAAUACACGAUACCUGAUGUUAAAUUUCUCACUUUUGACAUUCACGUUGAAAGGCUGGCCAUGGAACUGAUUUGUUCAACAGAUGUUAAUCUUAAUUGUCUGAAUCAGGAAGUAUCAGAAGAAUUUGCUGACGCAUAUCCUAUCAUUCCUGUUGCAUCACUGUCAGACAGGUACACAGUACCCCCAGUUCCCAAUAAUGCCAUUCUUGAAAUAGUGGCUGCCUACGACACUACAACUGUCAGAGUCUAUUUCAACAGCAACUGCAAAUACUCUAAAGAGGGGAUAUCAUACAACAAUGGCCAGUUGCUGAUCACAAUAUUACGAAAGGGACAAGUAUUGCAAUUAGCUGACGUAUAUCCAAGCUAUAGGAAAAUAUGUAAUUUGGGUGGAACAGUUGUUGAGAGUAAUUUUCCAGUAGCUUUGUUUUCUGGAUCUCCUGCCUUGUCGUACCCUCAAACCUUCAAAGAUGCUGUUAUGAGUCAGAUUCCCCCGAUUGGAUCAAGCGGAACAUCAUUCAUAAUACCCAAGAUUCUAAACAUUGGAAGCUAUAGGGUCAACAUUGUGGCCAACAGCAAUGGCACAUCUGUGGUCAGGGAAACGCAAACUGGCGCUAAAUCCAUACAACUAAAUGAAACCGACUUUCACGUUGAAGAUUUUUCUGAUUCAGAGUUUGAAAUCAUCUACAUAAAAAGUUCAAAGCCGAUAAGUGUUUUUCUGAUAGCGGGAAACAAUGGAAAACACAGCAUUUUCUCUUCUGUAGUUCCAUCUGCAGGUGACUAUGGUACCGAGUACCUCGUAUCUGACAUUCAAACCAGCCAGGUGAACUAUGUACGGUAUAUCACACUCAUCACUAGUCCCAACUGUACAGCAGAGAUAGGCGUCAACACAAUAUGGACAACUUCAUCAACACCUUCCCACGUCGCCUCCAUCUCCAGCUUCAGGGCUCCUUCCAACAUGACAGUCAUCAGAAUUCCUCUCACUGAUGUGACUCUCCUGAACAGCACCACAAACACUUUAUCAGUGGCUGACAAUGAUGUCAUCACUCUGGUGUGUGAAACCAACCCUACCCGACCACCAUCGGUUAUAACCUGGAUGAAGGACAACCAGACAUUAACACAAGCCGUUACAUCUCACAACACAGACGGCCAAGGAUUAACCGUUUCCACCAGUGUUCUGACACUGUCACCUAGCUGUAGUGAUCGGUUGUCUGAAGUAUCCUGUGUGGCUUCUUAUAACUCCACCACUCUCACAUCGCCAGUGUUGAAACUGCUUGAACAAUGCACCUAUGUACCUCUAUCUGAUGUAAAUAUCAUUAAUGCCACAACAAAACCAUUACCAGUAGACGAGAAUGAUGUCAUCAGUCUUGUGUGUGAAACCAGCCCUACUCGACCACCAUCGAUGAUCACCUGGAACAGGGGCAGUGAGGUCGUAACGCAGACUACAACAUCCCACAUCGCCGACGGCCACGGGAACACCGUAUCCUCCAGUGUCCUAACACUGACUGUUGCUUGCAGUCAUCACUUGUCUGAAAUAUCCUGCACAGCCUCCAAUAAUGUCUCUACUCUGACAUCCCCAGGGCUGAAGAUGUUUGUGCAAUGCCCAAAAGCUUUGGGUCACAGUGGAACCCGGUUUAUUUGGGCAUUUUUUCCUACGGACACACACGAUUACGAUGGUGCAGUAGAUGGAUACCUAUUCAUUGAACACAACGAAGAAGGAAACUGUACAUUAAGUGACAGCUACGGCAGAUCAUCAUCCAUCACACUUCAAGGACAGAAAACUGUCACACAAGCUUAUCUUAACAAGUAUCUCCUCUAUAUCGGAACUCACAUUGAAAAACUUGGCUUGGAAUUGAUGCUGCUCUAA